UCCCAUUGUUGGAGUCUGCUGAAGGGGUUUGAGUGAGUGAAUGCAUGUAUAUAUGUGGGUGUAUUUAACAGAGAAGCAGAGUGUGUUAGUGACCUUGCAGUAAAGUGGACUGACUGCUCCUGAGGAUGGACAAGUUGCUUGUGGUGAAUUUAUUUGUGCUGGUGCUGUGCUCUAUAGGGAGAGUGAAUUCUUCCGCCUAUGACAAGAUAGUCACCCACAGCCGUAUCCGGGCCAGGAAAGAGGGGCCUAAUGUGUGCGCUCUGCAGCAAGUCAUGGGAACCAGCAAGAAGUACUUCAGCACUUGCAGGAACUGGCACAAAGGCUCUAUCUGUGGGAAGAAGGCCGUAGUCUUAUAUGAGUGUUGUCCUGGUUACAUGAAGAUAGAGGGCAUGAAGGGAUGUCCUGCAGCGGCUCCCAUUGACGAUGUUUAUGGUACGCUGGGACUUGUAAAGGCUACCGCCACUCAGCAAUACACUAACGAGUCCCAACUAAGAGGGGACAUUGAAGGCCCCACCUCUGUUACUCUGUUUGCACCUAGCAAUGAUGCCUGGGAUCUGCUGGAUCCUAAUGAAAAGCUUAAAUUGGCUGAAAAUGAAAACCAGGAGCUGUACAAUACUUUACUGUUCCACACAGUGAAUCAACGUCUUGUAACCAAAGACAUGAAGAAUGGCUUGGUUGUUCCUACCAUGAGUGAGGAUCAUAAUCUUUACAUCAACCAUUAUGGAAAUGGGGUUGUGACAGUCAACUGUGCUAGAAUCAUCUAUGGUAACCAGGUGGCUACAAAUGGUGCAGUGCAUGUCAUAGACCGGGUGAUCCGUCCCGUGAGUGGCACAAUCAAGGACAUCCUGGAAGAGAACGAAAAUCUCUCCUCUUUCGCUACUGCUGCAUCUGCCGCUGAUUUGCUUGAUAAGCUUGGAGAAGCCGGUCACUAUACUUUGUUUGUUCCGACGGAUGAGGCCUUCGAUAAACUGCCUUCUGGAUAUUUGGAGCGCAUCAUAGAAAACAACGCUGUUAUCACAGCGUUGGUGAAGUACCAUCUGUUGAACAGCGUCCAGUGUGCAGAGGCAAUCAUGGCAGGAUCAGUGUAUGAGACCGAGGAGGGGAGCAGCAUUGAGAUCGGCUGUGAUGGAGAUUUUCUUACCGUCAAUGGCAUCAAAAUGGUACUAAAGAAGGACAUUGUGACUUCCAAUGGUGUUAUUCACCUUAUAGAUCAGGUGCUCUUUCCUGAUUCAGCUAAGGAAAUCACUGAGCUGAUGGGAGAGUCCCAGAGCUAUUUCAGAGACUAUUUCUCUGAAAUGGACUUUGCUUCAGCAAUGAGACCAAAUCUGGAGUACACACUUCUCGCUCCUCUCAAUGGGGUCUUCACAGAAGAGGUAUCGUCAAUCGCGAAGAGUGAGCUGAAACUCCUUCUGGAAAACCACAUCCUGAAAGUUAAAGUGUCUUUGAGUGAGCUGUACACGGGACAGCAGCUGGAAACGCUCUCUGGCAAGUUCCUCAGAGCCUUCAUUUACCGAACUGCGGUGUGUCUAGAAAAUGCAUGUAUGGUGCGUGGCAGCAAGGAAGGAAAGAAUGGUGCCCUCCACCUCGUGGGAUCUUUGGUCAAAACAAGUGAUAAGACCCUCUACAAAGUCCUCAAAGAUGAAGGACAGUUCAAAAUUUUCUUGUCGUUAAUGGAGGCGGCAGGUCUGUACGACAUGUUGAAGGAGGAGGGCGCCUACACCAUCUUUGCACCGACCGACGAUGCUUUUAAAGAACUAACUUCAGAGGACUUAACUUUGCUGAAAAGUGAUGUCACUGCUUUGAAAAACAUUCUUCUGUACCACAUCAGUAAUGGGAUCUUCAUCAGUGGAGGAUUGGAAAGAGGAGUUACCAAUAUGCUCAAAACAAUGCAAGGCCUCAAUCUGCCAGUUAAAUUUGUAAACAACUCUGUAAAUGUGAACUCAGUCGAUGUGCCAGACACUGACUUAAUGGCAACAAAUGGUGUGGUCCAUGUGGUGAAGAAUGUACUCUAUCCUCCGGGCCUUCCUGUGGGCCGUGAGGAUCUCUGGGUGCUGCUGCAGAAACUGAUUAAGUACAUCAAGAUAAAGUUUGUUUCUGGAUAUUCUUAUUCAGAGAUCCAAAGUAUUGCCAGCAGUAAAAAAAUCAAAAUUGUUUAUGACGAUGUAAAAUCAACAGAAGUAAAAUACAAAGAGGUUGUUAAGGCUGAGCCUUCACAGACCAAGAUAACCCGCUAUGUUGAGAAAGAGCCCACCGUCAGCAAAGUAGUUAGAGUUAUUGACCGCCAGCCAAUCAACAAAGUCACAAGAGUCCUUUCUGGUACAGGUGCUGGUAGAAAGGUGUCAGAAGGGCUUACAGUAACGGGUGAAACCAAUGGAACUCUAGCAUUUGAGCCUCAAAUCAUUGAAGGCCCAGAUGUCUCUAAAAUUCUGUCCAUCCGUGAUAACCCCAGUCUGCUGAAGGAGGAAACAAGCAGAUUAACCCAGCUCAUUAAAGGUGGAGGUCAAUUUUCCGCAGCCAGUGAAGCUCAAGUGGGAACAAGAAGACGGCUGGUGAGGCCACUGAGGAAAAGGCCAUCGAUGUCACCGUUUGAAAAUAAUUGAAUCAUGGAUUGAUAAAGCUUUAAGUUCUCUAUUAUUCCUAUAAGCAUGAUGGUUUGUUGCUAUGCAGAGAAAUUUGUUAAGGGGAUUUGUGUAAAAAUAUGAACUUUGUUGUUGGGAUAAAAGGUUUUAAGGGUUAAAAAUAGUCCAAGUUGCUUUGUGUUUUCUUUAUACGUGUGACCCUGUAGACAAAGUGCAUGGUAAAAAGUUUUGUUUUUUUCUUAUGACAGUGCUUGCAUUCAAUAAAACAAACAACUUCCAAAAAAUGACAAACAGUGGUUUGAUAUUAUUAAGCUGCUGUACCGAUGUUAAUGAUUACUAAAUAAAACCCCAAAAAAAUA